AUGGAGCAAUUAAAAGCAUUGACAAAAGGGCGCGCCAGACUCAAGGCCAAUAUCACACGGAGCUUGGCUUGGGCUGAGGACGCGCAACAUUCGAACGCCACACGGGCAGAGGUGUCUUCGCGGCUGAAGCAUCUCGACACAACAUGGAAAGAAUUCAAUAGAUUUGGUGAUGAAAUAGCUAUGCUCGACGAAGUAGAUGGCUAUGUGGAUCCGGAGCAUGACAACAUAUUCUACGAGGAAAAAUAUCUAAGGGCAGAUGCAUUACUUUCGGCGAUGGCUGCGAAUCUGGUACGACAUUUGGCUAUUACGGAUUCAGCUUACAACACCGUGUGGGAGCGACUUAAUGAAAGAUAUAAUCGUCCACGGCAUAUCGUGAAUUCACUAUUGGAGCAGUUUAUGAAGCUGCCAACAACAACAAGGUCGGAUACAACAACAUUACGGAAGGUGUCAGACGGCGCAAAUGAAAUAGUGCGUGGUCUGGAUGCCAUAGAGGAAACAGGACGAGACUGUUGGAUUAUCUACUUGACGCUGGAGAAGCUGGAUGCAGAUACUCGACGCAGGUGGAUCGAGCGCAGUGUGGAGACAGACUCACCCACACUGGAGGAAUUCUUCAAAUUUUUGGAUGCACGUUGCGAGGAACUAGAGCUCAGCAAGCGUGAAACAAUCGGAGGCAAGACUACAGCCUCAAUCGGUGACAAGACAAGGAAGGUCACACAUUCGCUGGUUGUACUUGAAGGAAACAAGUGCAGCAAAUGUCAUUCUACAGAGCAUCGUCUGUAUGGAUGCCAACAAUUCUUGGAUAUGUCAGCAGGACAGAGGUUUUCGUUUGCCAAGGAAAACGCUCUAUGUUACAAUUGUCUAAAACCUGGUCAUGGGGUCAGGAAAUGCAAAUCGACGUUCAAGUGCAGACAAUGUAAAGGUCAGCAUCACUCACUGUUGCACCUGCAACGCACGCAACAGGCUAUUGGAACAAUCGCACAAACUGGUGAGGAUCAGGAGGAUCCUAGCGCAAACAUCUCAACGGUGACUACGAGUCACAUCGCACAAGCAGAAGGUUCUGCAGCAAUGGUAUGUGCACAAGGCAGUGCCAAUUCACAACAAUCAACUGGAUGGAACAGGAGCACCUUGCCGACGGCCAUGGUCAACGUUCGCAACGCAAAGGGAGAUUUGGUAGCAUGCCGACUCCUAUUGGACACGGGUUCAGAACUGUCGUACAUAUCUGAACGCUGUAUACAAACACUUGGUUUGGCUCGUACGCCAUCACGCAUACUGGUUACGGGAAUUUCAUCAACCAAAGCAGACACUACAAGGGGAUGCAGCACUAUAAGCAUCCAAUCCCGUAUUUCGCAAGAUCAGCUGGUAGUCCAGGCUCAUGUGCUUGGAAAAAUUACGUCAUCAUUGGAAAGGCAGGCCAUCGACGCGUCUGCACUUCGAGUUUUCAACGAUCUGCAAUUGGCAGAUUCACAAUUUAGCACAAAUGCUCCAAUUGACAUUCUUUUGGGCAGCGAACACGUUUGGAGUGUUAUAACUGGAAGAAAAAUCUACGACGACAAAGGAAAGCUCAUUGCUAUAUCAUCAAUUUUCGGAUGGGUAAUUACAUCACUGCUUUCAUCACGCGCAUGCAGCGCUACGGCACUUACAACAACAAUAGACAUCGAUGCUUAUCUCAGAAGGUUCUGGGAACUGGAAAGCAUACAACGCAAAGCAGAAGUUCAACCUGAAGACGAGGAGGUGGAGAAACACUUUCUUGCAACACACACUAGAGACAAACAAGAUACACUUCAAGGAGCGCUACAGAGGUUCAAAUCAGUUAAACGACGUUUGGCGCAGAAUCAACAGUUACGUAACGAUUACGUAAAGUUCGUGAGGGAAUACCUGGAGCUAGGCCAUAUACGAGAAAUCCCACCGAGCGAAAUUCCCAAGGGUAGGAAUUUCUACCUGCCACAUCAUCCCGUAUUGGGUCGGAAACUUCGAGUGGUUUUCGACGGAUCAUAUCAGGACGCCAAAGGCAUGGCUUUAAACGACACGCUCUCGAUCGGACCGAGUAUUCAGCGAGACCUAUUUGCUGUGUGCUUGCGAUUCCGUAUGUACAAAUACGUCUUUUCAGCGGACAUAGUCAAGAUGUUCCGUCAAAUCUGGGUGAGCGAAAAACAUAGAGACUAUCAGAGAAUAGUAUGGAGAGAGGAUCCGUCAGAUACUAUCAAGCACUUCCAACUAUGCACGGUGACGUAUGGAACAUCAUGCGCACCAUUUCUAGCAGUCAGAGUGCUAGAGCAACUAGCUGCUGACCAUAAGCACGAGUUUCCAAACGCAGCAAAAAUCGUGUUGGAAGAUUUGUAUGUCAACGACGUUCUCACUGGAGCAAAUAGUGAGGAUGAGCUGCUACGCAACAGGGACGAACUCGUCCAACUGAUGUCCUGUGCUAACCUAGAGCUCGGGAAAUGGGUAUCGAAUACCAAACGCAUCCAAUCGGAGGAUAACACGGAUUCCUCACAAUCACCAGUCAAAGUGCUAGGGCUGCAUUGGCACCCUGAAGAGGACACAUUGUCGUACAAUGUAAACCUAUCGAAAUAUCCUAGCCGAAUGGUUAACGACGAUGGAACCAUUUCGGUCGCCAUACUUGCAGCAAAAACAAGAGUGGCACCUUUAAAGCAGCAGUCUUUGCCGCGCCUGGAACUAUGUGGCGCACUUCUACUGAGUCAACUUCUGCAAUCCAUAAAAGCUGGACUAAUGAACAACGACGUAACGAUCUACGCAUGGAGUGAUUCGACGAUAGUCCUGUCAUGGUUAUCGUAUUUACCAGCCCAACUCAAGACGUUUGUUGGGAACCGCACUUCAGAAAUCCUCGAAACCAUCCCGAAGCAUGCAUGGCGGCAUGUAGACUCAAAAUCGAACCCAGCGGAUUGCGCAUCCCGUGGCUUGGGAGUAUUCGAGCUCAUUGACUUCCAAUUAUGGUGGAAGGGUCCUUCAUGGCUGAGGGACAAACGCAUACAAGACGAAGUCAAAACUACGUGCCUAGCUGCGCAGACGAAUGUCACGACGGACAACCCAUGGAAUAAGCUUCUCAAUCGCAACUCAUCUUGGCUGAAGCUUAUACACACACUUGCUUACGUUUUGCGCUUCAUUCAUCGCAUGAAGCACCCAUCUUCGAAGCAAACAUCGAACUCUCUAACAUUCGAUGAGAUCAAGGCAGCAAGGAUUCGGUGGCUGCAACACGCUCAAGCUGGUUUUCAACAGGAGAUCCAGUUACUACGCGCAAACAAGGCUCUAGGGAACCAAUCUCAAUUGGUCAAGAUCUCACCAAUCAUCGACAAGGACAACCUGCUAAGAAAAGAAUCCAUUACUGAAGUCUCCUUGCGCCGAGGACCUCCCUGCAACCGCACCAGGGGUUUCGCCAAAUUUCGUCGCGACUUCGCUAAUUGUGGACCGCGGACUGAUCUGGUCCCAGAGCUUUGCCUCUUUCGCAUAGGUGUUCUGCACUUGGGAGCAAUGCUGUUGCAGGCCUAG